GUCUCCUGUUCAUCACGUCUGCUCACACCGGAAGAAAACUCACCAUUGAGCCGAACUCACAACGUGAAUCUUACGUUAAAGCGCGUUGUAGCAGUAAGAAGCAGUUUUUAGUAUUUGUUUACCAGUUUCUGGACUUUUGUUGGAGAAAUGGCGUACCGGGGACAAGGACAGAAGGUCCAGAAGGUCAUGGUUCAGCCCAUUGGUUUUGAUGAGUACAUGAACCUGGUUCUAGAUGAUGCUGAAGAAAUCCACAUGAAGACUAAGAACAGAAAACCACUUGGGAGGGUCAUGUUGAAAGGAGACAACAUCACUCUGCUGCAAAGUGUGUCCAACUAGAGACAGUGGAGACGCCUACAAGUCUACUUCUCCUUACAAAAUACUUUUCCCUCUUUUGAUAUGUUGACAAUGUUUGUGUUUAAAUGACAUGAAUAUUUUUCUCCUCUCUCUGCAAGAAUAAAGUGUUUUUGUUUGUUUUUUU